AUGGCGUUGGCACCUGCCAUCUCCAUUUUCUACCUGAGUGGAAGUCUAGAAAUCUCUAACCUCACAUACACCAAUGAAUUAGGAGACCCACGCUCACAGCAGUUUAUUUCACAAGCACAAGCGGUCCAAAAUUAUUUUUCAGAACUGUAUGAACCAUCUAUAUUGGGAAAAUAUUAUCUGAAAUCUGUCAUCACUGCAUUUAGUGAAGGAGAAGAAGGGCUCCGGGCUUAUUAUUGGAAUAAAUUCUCAGCUCCGGAGAAUAUAGCACACUUCAUCAAAAAUGCAACCACAUCUAACUUGCAACAAGUUAAUGGCAAAAAGCUGAAAGUGCCCAUGGCGAACUCUUCUGAAGAGAUCUCCUCCACCGAAGAAGAUUUUGAUGUUUACACAGUUGAACAGUUUGCUUCUGGAUCUGAAGAAUAUGACUUGACAGUAAAGUCAGCAAUUUCUUUUGAUCUAUAUGCAAAACCAGGCAACAAUCGGACGUUGACAUUAACACGUCCAAAGAGAUCCUAUUACCAGUGGCGACUGCGAGUUCCAGCAGGUCAUAUUGUACAUUUGAUAAUCCUGACCCUACAUGGGGCAAUUCCGGGAAACUGUGCAAUCCAUAAACUAUCAGCCUAUGACUUCCUACUUCCUGUACAGAACAAAAUAAUAACACGUUGGUGUGGAUCGCCUGUGACUUGGAAUCCUCCUGUUAUCAGAUUGACUUCAUCUGGCAAUGUGAUGUUGGUGACUUUUUCAUCAAAUGUACCAAGAGGUGGUUCAGUAUUUAAAGCAUAUUUUGAGGCUAUUCGAAAAAGAGAUUGUGGUGGUAACCUAGUAUCCUGGAACGGCUCCUUGAGCUCUCCCUAUUACCCUCGUUACUAUCCUCCCAAAGUUGACUGCACUUGGACCAUCACUACACCUGCUGUAGGAUAUAUUAUUGCCCUUUCCGUUAUUGCUUUGGAAAUCCAAGUGGCAUCCCAAGGUUCAAGAAAUUGUGAUAAGGACUGGUUGGAGAUUGAGGGUAUUAGGUACUGUAAUCGAAUAACUGAGGGUGGCUUCAGCAAGAUCUAUGGAACAUCUGUUAAAAUUAAGUUUCACUCUGAUCAAUCAAUCACCUACAAAGGAUUUUACUUGGAGUACAAAGCCUUCAGCUAUGAGGAUCCAUGCCCGAACCAAUUUAAAUGCAAGGAUGGAUCAUGUAUUUCUUUAAAGAACCAUUGUGACGGAUGGAGAGAUUGUCUGGAUGGCAGUGAUGAAACUAAGUGCAAUUGCUAUUUCACAUGCCCAAGUGGAAAUUGCGUUCUCCAUGACUCUGUUUGUGAUGGAAUAAAUGAUUGUGGAGAUGAAAGUGAUGAACUGAACUGUACAAGAGGGCCGAUCUUUCCUUUGGUGCAUAAAGGCUGUUCUUUGUCAUCAUAUAAGUGCCAUAAUGGAAAAUGUGUGAACAAGGUUAACCCAGAAUGUGAUGGGAAAAGAGACUGCAUGGAUGGAUCGGAUGAAUCAGGCUGUGAAUGUGGAACAAGCCCAUCCAAGAAAACUAAAAUAGUUGGGGGAGAAAACGCCAAGAAUGGGAAAUGGCCUUGGCAAGUUAGCCUACAGAUGGGAAUGUAUGGACAUAUAUGUGGAGCAACCAUUGUUUCAAAACGUUGGCUCGUUUCAGCUGGCCAUUGCUUCCAAGACUCUGACUCUAUCCGAUAUUCCACCUCAUCAGCUUGGACGGCAUAUUUAGGCUUGAGAUUAAUGAAUAGAAUGAACUCCUGGAUAGUGACCAGAUCAAUUAACAGAAUUGUUAUCCAUCCCAAAUAUGAUGAAUAUACAUCAGAUUAUGACAUUGCUCUGUUAGAAUUGAAGACACCAGUCUUUUUCAGUGAUUCACUUCAACCUGUCUGCUUACCUGCCACGACUCAUAUCUUCAGUACCACAGCAAACUGCUACGUCACUGGCUGGGGAGUCCUAGGAGAAGAUGGUGAACUAGCCACUGUUCUUCAGGAGGCCAGUGUGAAAAUAAUUCCUCUCAAUAUUUGUAACAAGCUGUAUGAAAAUUCAGUGACUUCUAGAAUGCUGUGUGCAGGCUAUCUUCGUGGUGGAGUUGAUGCAUGCCAGGGAGACUCUGGAGGUCCACUUGUUUGUCUGGGGAAAAGAAGGAAGUGGUUUCUUGCAGGAAUAGUCAGCUGGGGAGAAGGAUGUGCUCGACGUAAUCGUCCUGGUGUUUACACUCGAGUUUCUAGAUUUUCUGACUGGAUCAAGCAACAAAUCAAUUAAAUCAUCAGCUCG